GCCGGCCUCUCUGAACUGAGCUGACAGCAUGAAGGCCCUCACAGCCCUGCUGCUGCCACUGCUGCUGCUGCUGCUCUCCACGCCUCCCUGCGCCCCGCAGGCCUCCGGGAUCCGGGGAGAUGCUCUGGAGAAGUCCUGUCUUCAGCAGCCCCUGGACUGUGAUGACAUCUACGCCCAGGGCUAUCAGGCCGACGGCGUGUACCUCAUCUACCCCUCGGGCCCCAGCGUGCCAGUGCCUGUCUUCUGUGACAUGACAACCGAGGGUGGCAAGUGGACGGUUUUCCAGAAAAGGUUCAACGGCUCAGUGAGUUUCUUCCGGGGCUGGAACGACUACAAGCUGGGCUUUGGCCGUGCUGACGGGGAGUACUGGCUGGGUAAGGUGGGGCCACGGGGCGGGGGCUGCCCCUCAGCCGAGUCUCUGCUGACCAGCUGCCCCCCCCCCCCACCAGGGCUGCAGAACCUGCACCUCCUGACGCUGAAGCAGAAGUAUGAGCUGCGCGUGGACCUGGAGGACUUUGAGAACAACACAGCCUACGCCAAGUACAUUGACUUCUCCAUCUCCCCCAACGCCGUCAGCGCUGAGGAGGACGGCUACACGCUUUACGUGGCCGGCUUCGAGGAUGGUGGGGCAGGUGACUCGCUGUCCUACCACAGUGGCCAGAAGUUCUCCACCUUCGACAGAGACCAGGACCUCUUCGUGCAGAACUGUGCAGCCCUCUCCUCAGGGGCCUUCUGGUUCCGAAGCUGCCACUUCGCCAAUCUCAACGGUUUCUACCUGGGCGGUUCUCACCUCUCCUAUGCCAAUGGCAUCAACUGGGCUCAGUGGAAAGGCUUCUACUACUCCCUCAAGCGCACUGAGAUGAAAAUUCGCCGCACCUGAGGGGCUGGCCCAGACACACUCUGUCUCUCCCCUGGAUGCCCCAAGUCUCCAUGCUCUCCCCCACAGUACCUGAGUACCAGCAAUGCCCUGGCAAAUCCCCAUCCCAUAUCCAGGUAGGCCCUGCUGCCGUCCAUCUGACGCUAGGCUGUCUGCAGCCUUCUAAGGCCUUUCUGUGGCUCAGCCAUCCUAGCCUGGAUCUGGCUGAAAGCCAUAAAAACUCCCAAGUUGCUUCUGCCCUUUCAUGACGGCCGAAAGCCAGAAGCUACCGUCUGGCUGCCAGCCUUUGCGUUCCACCUCAGCCCAUUUCCUUACUUCAGACCCACCUGUUUCAGGCUACCCUUGACAGAGUAACUCGGCACCUAAGGCAUGUGCCAGCCAGCUCGUGCACGGCCACUGUCACACUCCAGCACUCCCAAAGCUGCUUCGGAAUACUUCCCACCCUUGGUCUCCACCUCAGCUUACUCCUUAUAGUGAGCACUACGGAGCACAGCCCCACUUGCUUUCACUCAUCCCUCAAAAAGUUCAAUGCCAAAACAACCUUCACCACAGCUGCUGCUCAUCAGCUCCGCAGCAGCGAAGGGCAAGAGAGGCAUGUUAACUAGGCCCCCAUGCCCCCCAGGGAUUGUCAUGAAAGGCAGCAGAGAACAAUCCGUGGGGCCGGAGGUGGUAUCAAUAAACCUUCAGGAUCUGA